UCAAAACCCCAAAACCCCUGCCAAGAUUGUCACGGUUGAAGAAGGAAAAACCCUACGGCAUUCCUAAGAGAAAAAUACUUCCCACAAGAGAAAAAGAAAAGGGAAAAUGAGCGGGGCUAUGCGUAAAAACGCUAGCAUCAUCCGGCUGUUACAGAAGCAACCAUUCACCGAUCUCACUGACCCGAUCAACAGAAUCCACCCGUUUCUCAGAAACCAAACGCAUGCCCAAACCAGAGAGUAUUUUCGGUUCCCAAAUGUUCUGAGAAAAGUGAAAGAAUAUGAGAUCUCCCCUUCUCUUUUUGCUUCUUCGUUUUCUUCUUCCUCCUCUUCCUCAACGAGGGUUGGGUUAGUUGGUUGGUAUUUGGGAAUGGUGAAGUCAUGGCCCGUUUUAACCAAGAGCGUUACUUCCUCGCUUAUAUAUGUAGCUGCUGAUUUGUCUUCUCAGACAAUUUCCAAGCCAUCUUCUGAACCUUAUGAUUUAGUGAGGACAUCACGUAUGGCUGGAUAUGGGAUGUUAAUUUUGGGACCAUCCCUGCAUUUUUGGUUCAACUUGAUGUCGAAACUCUUCCCAAAGCGAGAUUUGAUCACUACUUUUAAGAAAAUGGCCAUGGGGCAGCUACUUUAUGGGCCUGCCAUGACUGUUGUUUUCUUCUCCUUGAAUGCACGUCUACAAGGUGAAAGGAGUGGAGAAAUUGUUGCCCGGUUACAGCGUGACUUGGUCCCUACAAUGUUAAAUGGUGUCAUGUACUGGCCCUUUUGUGAUUUUAUCACCUUCAGAUUCAUCCCAGUUCCUUUGCAGCCACUGGUGAGUAAUUCAUUUUCAUACUUAUGGACUGUCUAUAUGACAUACAUGGCAAGUCUAGCGAAACCAGCCACAAUUACCAGCUGAUUGAUCUGGUGCUGUCAAUUCCCUUGUGUUCAAGAUCUGACUUUUUACAACGGACAGGAGAUCCGAUGAGAAUUUUGUGCUCACAGGAAUCUGGUCUUGAUAUAAUACUGGAAGCAUACUUAAAGCAAAAUUCAAGGGGAUGAAUCAAGUAUGACUCAUCAUGUUUUUGUUUUGAAAUUUUCUCUUUCCCCCGCUUCUCCCCAUCUUCUUCCCCCAUAGUUAUCGUUAUUCUUGAAAUGUGACGCAAAAAUCUAGUUAUAGGAAGGAUAUUAAAGCAUUCUUUGACACCAGUAUUUGCUGUUCUGUAUUCUCGAGUGUAUCAUCAUAUGAAAUUCUUUGCCCUGCAA